AAAAAAGUUAUGUUAGCGUGUUUUGUUAUCUGUGGAUACGUUGAUCUGUGAUUGUUCGGGAUUUGCAUUUUUGCUAAUUUCUACAAAAAAAUACUUUAAAACUAAAAUAAAGACAUUCCAAAAUGGCGUCAACGUCUAAGCCCCGCUCUGAGAUGACUUUGGAGGAAUUAGCCAAAAUUGAAGAGGAAGAAUUCAGUACAGGUCCACUUUCAGUCCUUACACAGUCAGUUAAGAACAAUACACAAGUGCUGAUCAACUGCAGAAAUAACAAAAAGUUGUUGGGACGCGUGAAGGCUUUCGACCGGCAUUGCAACAUGGUCCUUGAAAACGUCAAGGAAAUGUGGACGGAAGUGCCAAGACUAGGCAAGGGCAAGAAGGGUAAAGCUGUAAACAAGGAUAGGUUUAUCUCAAAAAUGUUCCUCCGCGGAGACUCAGUGAUCCUAGUAUUAAGAAACCCACUAGCAACUGCCGCAGGAAAGUAAACUCCGGACACCAAAAGUCUUUAAAUGAAAAACUUGAAGUGUUCUCCAAAAUACCUUAGCUCUAAGCUUUAUGGAUUCAAUACAUCUCUCUUUUUGUACAUUGGUGUGUUGUAUUCUAUUAAAUAAAUAACAUUAAGAUUGUCUAUGA